AAUUUUCACAUUACUGACUUACGUGAGCAUGACAUAGAUAUGGCAGUUAACUUUAGUCUAAGUUUGCAGAGAAGAGUUGCAUGUAACCGUUCAUUCAACAUAACUUGUCAUGUUGCAAGAAGACAAUAUGAAGUAGGAUAUUUAAAGCUUAAAGAUGAAUGUUCCUCUAAAGGUAAAUUUGAUACAGUUAUCUUCAUAUCAAUUACAUCGAUUACUAUAGGACUGUUGAUAAUGGGUCUCGUCAAAUUCAAACGUUUGGCAUUAGAAGAACGCAAAUACCAAUUUAAAGCAAAUUAUUCUAACCUGUGUAAUAUGAAGAAGGAACAUCAACAGUCUGAAGUCUAGAUGUAACAAUUUUGCUGAUGAGUCUUAUGUAGACGAAACGCGCGUCUGACGUAUUAAAUUAAAAUCCUGUUACCUUUGAUAAUUUUUUGCAAGCACACUUUCUGAAUACAUGUUGUGGAAGAAAUGACACAUGGACAUCUUUUGUUGAAAUGUGAAAAUGUAAUGAAUUUAAAUUAACAAGUUUUAAAAAUAAUAAACAAUUAAAUGUUUACAAUAACAAAGAUUCAAGGAAAACUAUAUCUUCUCCUUUUUCAUUGUUUUAUGUUGUUAACACGCAUGCUAUGUUUACCCUUCAUAUCGGUACACGCACAUAUGUAUGUUUAUUAUUGAAUGAACUACAUUUUUAAGCUCUAUGUUAA